AUGGAAUCAGUGAGGUGGAGAAAAAAUUCAUGGAUUCUAACUUUGCAGUGCGCUGUGAUGUUUUUCGCUUUGCAAAACCAAUCUUGUUCAGCUGCUUGUGGUCCUCCCAAAGUUCAAUGUGCCGCUCAUACAAAGAACUGUCAUCUCACAAACUUCCGCGGUGAAUGGGAGGAUCAAAUGCACUGCAAGGCCGCCAAGGCGUUUUUCCCCAAGACAGAAUCCCAGCUUAUCCACGCAGUUGCAUAUGCCGUCAAGAAAGAGAAAAAAGUAAAAGUCAUCACUGGGAGUGCACAUUCGCUGAACCGUUUCGCAUGCCCUGGUGGAAACAGCGGCGUUGUCAUCAGCACGAGGGACUAUAAUUCCCGAAUCAAGAUCGACGCGAAAUCCAUGACGGUUACAGUUGACGCAGGGGUUGAGAUGAGAAUACUCCUGGAUGCACUCGCAGCGAAGGGGUUUGCGUUUCCUCACACGACCGACUGGGAUGGGUUGUCCAUGGCCGGAGUGAUUAGCACGGCAGCUCAUGGGAGCAGUUUGUGGGGAAAGGGCGGCGGAAUCCACGAUUAUGUGGUGGGCAUUAGCAUUGUGAUUCCGGCGCCUGCAGAACAGGGCUACGCAAAGCUUAUUCAUUUGACAGAGAAAGACGAGGAAAUCAAAGCCGCUAGGGUUUCACUGGGAGUACUGGGAGCCAUUUCUCAAGUGACCUUUGCUGUGGAGAAGAUGUUCAAGCUUUCCGUAACCCUGAAGCUAAAAAAAGACUCGGAUCUUGAAAAUUCGUUUGUAGAGUUUGCUGAAUCGCACGAGUUUGGGUCAAUGAAUUGGUAUCCUUCAUUCUCUAAAGUGGUCUACUCAAAACGGGACAGAGUCUCCCCUGAUGUCUCGGGGAACGGGAAAUUGGCCCCGAAGUACGCUCAACCGGCGACGGUGAAGAGUGUUGUAGAAAACAGGGCAAUUGAGGAAUUGAACAAUGCGAAGAUAAAUGCGAGUAAUCUCUGCAAGUUAGUGAGGUCGCAGGUCGAGCAAGGUAUUAAGACAGGGAAUGGAUAUCUGAACGAUGGGCAGACUUUCAGAGGCUUUCCUGUGGUGGGUUAUAAUCAUCUUUUGCAGAGCUCCUCGGGUUGCCAGAUCGAUGCCCGCAAUAAGGAGAACAAUCUAUGUCCGUGGAAGGCGAAGCAAUUAAACUGCAAUGAUACUAUUUGCAAUUGGGACACGGAAGUGAAGGGCAACUACUAUCAUCAUACUUCCAUUGCAAUCCCUCUGUCGAGAGUAACGGAAGCCAUUAGAGACCUGAAGCAGCUUCGCGACAUGGAUCCUAGUGCAUUUUGCACCCUUGAUUCCUAUCUAGGAGUGUUAUUUCGGUAUUUUAAGGAGUCCACCGAUUACUUGUCCCAUAAGGAAGAAAGCGUUGCGAUUGAAUUUAUUUACUUCCGUUACCGAGAGCUGGGAAGGCCGCGAUGGAAUGGGCAUGUAAUGGAUGAGAUUGAACAGAUGCUUUUGCAGAAGUAUGGAGGAGUGCCGCACUGGGGGAAGAAUCGGGUGUAUACCUUCGACGGAACAGCCAAACGAACUAUGAAUCUGGGCAAGUUUUUGGAGGUAAAGAAACAGUUGGAGCCAAAAGGGCAUUUCUCUAGCGACUGGUCGGAUGGAGUGCUGGGGAUAGGUAAAGGUGUACAAAUAUGGCGAGAUGGAUGUGCUUUAGAUGGGCUCUGCGUUUGCAAAGAAGAUCGUCAUUGUGCUCCGGAAAAAGGAUUCGUUUGCAGAGCUGGGAAAAUUUGGAAGAACGCUAGUGUUUGCAUGCAACUGCGAUACUGA